UUGUGAGCUUGGUGAUCACUCAUAAUCGACUCAUAAACAUGACGUCACGGACUCUUAUAAAAGCAAAGCAACAUUUGAGUAGACUUUACUGAUUAAAAGAAUCGAAGGAAAUUACAUGGAACUUCCUUUUCAUAAAAGAGCAUUGAGGAAGGGCAACUUCUAAACGUACGCGCAGAUAAACAACAGAACAAAUACUAAACUAAACGGACAUCAAUCAUAUAUUAGCCUGUAGUCGAAAAGGGGGCUAACGGAAGGUAAAAAGUAACAGCUGCGAAAMCAGAGGCACCGUGAAGUAAAAGGAAGAUCGUUCAAUCGAAAAAACUUGGAUAAACGAAGUAAAUUGAAUUGAUAGACUGAAACAACGAAAAGUUCUCACAAAAAGGUGGGCUAAAAGAAGGUCUUGAAAGGUGGAAUUGAAGCUCUACAAAAUUCAAACCUAAAAUCCGCGUCUACUAAACCACGCUACCAUGAAUCUUACCAACUCGUCCAACGAGACAGACGUCCAUUUUGUACCAAUACAGUGCCCUGAUCUCGCAUUCUGCAAGCGUUACGUUGGGACGGGCGCAUUUAACGAAUUGACAAUCUUUCACAUCACCGCUAUUCUUUUUAUCGCGAUAUUUACUUUUUUGAUUAAUGGGUUUUUUAUCCUUAUGAUAUACUUAUUUGAGGAACUGAGACACACUUCGAAUUACUUCUUCCUUAACAUUGCCUUAGUGAACAUGACYUUUGGAUUUAGUAGUUUAGUUACUUGCGCUGCAUURUACAAAAAGUUUUUGGACUGUACUGUUGAUGUUUGUUUUUACAAAGACGUUUAUGUGUWURUAUCAGGUACAGCUUUCGUGUURACAAUGACAACAUUYACWGUAAUCAGCAUUGAGAKGUAUAUUUGCAUCGUCUACGCCCUUCGAUGGGUGGCUAUKAUUACGACUCGUCGGGUGAUGGUCGUGCUUGGGUCUGUGUGGUUGUUAUGGAUCGCGAUUACAACAUUCUGUCGCGCUACGAAUACUUGGAAGUACUUCCGCACGUUAUUCAUGAUUCARUCUGUGUUYAACAUCACCGUCAUCUUUAUCACGAACGUGAUUAUAUUCAAGGAAAUUCGACGACAUGAGAAAAUGAUCGCAGAGCAAGAAACUGCUGACAACAUCGAUGAAAUUCGAAAAGCGCGCGAAAAAAAGCGCGCGAAAACUUUCAUCUUUAUGGCGACUCUGGUGAUUCUAUGUUACCUCCCCUCUCUGGUCCUCUUGAUUGGUUACCGAAUUCCUACAAUCGAUGAAGUGAACUGGCAAUAUGCGUGGUUCUUUUCUCGAACUAUCUUUCUCAGCCACACAGCUUUUGACAUUAUUGUGUAUGGGUUGAGGUCCGAGGAGACAAGGAAUGGCUUCAAGAAAAUAGUGCGAAGAUUUUGCUGUGUAAAAUAACAUGCUGGCAAGUGAGGUUCAAACAUUGCUAUCGAAGCGUACUUAAAAGGAGAACAAUAGGAAGUGUUUAGAAUAACAAACAAAAAGAAAGUGAAGAAAUACACCACAAUGAAACCGUGGCCAUGAUGCGUGUACAGCUCAGUACAGAAUGGAAUCAACAAAUUCAAUACAUGCACAUAAUUUUGCAGCUAACGAUGCCAUGCGGUUAAGACUGUUGAAAAUAUUUCUUUAAUGUACAUUGUUUGUUUCCGAACGUAGCCAUAUUUCUUUUCAAUACAUCCUGAGUCUGGGCUUUGAGGGGGUCUCUCCAUUUUUUCUCCUAGGGAAGCUCAGAUUAUUUUCAAUAUAACAAGCAUAUAUCACUGGAAAAAA